AUGGCGUCUCGCCGCCUUGUUUCCACCUCGCUAUGGCGGGCAGCCACUGCCCCGGCCCAAGCGACAUCGCUCUCCGCCGCCACACGAUGGAGCUCAACCACCAGCUCGACCUCUGCCAUCGCCUAUAAGGCUCUUCGACGCCGUUCGGCGCCUCUGCCCGUGAGCGACAGCCCACCCGCCUGGUCCGCCCAGGCCGCUGUCUCCAACAUCCUCUACGACAUGCCCUCCCCGUCGUCGCAGCCCCCGAAGCGUCACAUUCUCAACUGCCUCGUCCAGAACGAGCCUGGUGUGCUGUCCCGCGUUUCCGGCAUUCUCGCCGCCCGCGGCUUCAACAUCGACUCUCUUGUUGUUUGCAGCACUGAGGUCGAUGACCUGUCGCGCAUGACCAUCGUCCUGACCGGUCAGGAUGGCGUUGUCGAGCAGGCCAGGCGUCAAUUGGAGGACCUUGUCCCUGUCUGGGCUGUGUUGGACUACACCAACGCCGCUCUGGUCCAGCGCGAGCUCCUGCUGGCCAAGAUCAAUAUUCUGGGACCUGAGUACUUCGAGGAGCUCCUCGCUCACCACCGCGAGAUGACGGCCGCCGACUCUGAAAGCGAAGGUGCCAUUGACGCCGAGCAGCAGUCGUUGGAGGAUGUUGCCAAGGACUUCCACCCCAGCAAGCUCGCCAUCAGCGAGGCCCUGCGCCACAAGCACGAGCAUCUCAAGUCCAUCACCUACUUCGCUCACCAGUUCGGCGGAAAGGUCCUGGAUAUCAGCACCAACAGCUGCAUUGUUGAAGUCUCCGCCAAGCCGUCCAGAAUCGACUCUUUCCUGAAGCUCAUCGGGCCAUUCGGUAUUCUCGAGUCCGCCCGUACCGGUCUCAUGGCCUUGCCCCGGUCACCAUUGUAUGGACCCAACGAGGAGACAAUUCUGAAGGAGGCGGAUGAGGUUGUUGACGCCAGCCAGCUUCCUCCUGGUUAA